AUGGGCGAGAGAGAGGGCGCUAAGGUGUUAGCGGUAUGGAGUCGAGGCGACAAUGGGCAUAGACGCUACUGUGCGGGCAAGGUGUGGGUGCUAGCGUGCGAGCAAGGUGUGGGUGCUAGUGUGCGAGUGAGGUGUGGGCGCUCGAGGUUGGACGCUUGGCUGUUGGCGUUGGGCACCUUGUUGUUGGAAGCUCACUCCCAAAAGAUGAAGAGGAAGAGGGAGAUGCCAAGGUGGGCAAGCCAAGCGCAAGGGGCAAGGGCGCCUAAGGAGAGGUGGGCUCUAAAGGCGAGAAGGCAAGAAAUAAGAUGGUCAAGGCAAACGCUAGAGGUGAGGGGGCAUGAGGCGAACGAACUCUAG